AUGCAUCCAAUACCAAAGCCGCCACGAAGACGCAGAUAUCGCAACUCUCAUCGACGACCAAUAAACGGCAGAGCAAGUGCCAGCAUCUUCCGUGACCUCGCCAAUUGGUUCUUCCUCAUGUCCGCCUCCUACGCAAUCCGCACCCUACACUACAGCCCCCCCAUCGACACCACCGCCGAUGCAACCCUCCUUGUGUCAGGUUGUCUCGCCCUACGCUCAACCUGCCAGCUCUUCCACAUUGGCAUCCGCAGCCUCGUCAUCAACCGCUGCCAGAACAUCGUCAUCUCUCUGAUGUUCCGCGUCCUCUCCGGCGAUGUCGAUCGUCAGGACGUCGAGUCGCUUCACGGUUACUGGUUCCGUGGAUUGAAUCCACCACAAACAAACCUGUAA